AUGCUAAACUAUUUGGAAAAAGCAUUUGGCACUGGCAAUGUGAUCCAAGGGGACAAUGGUAACAUUUUAGUACAACAGUCCAAAAAUCUAAUUGAAAAAUUAUCCUCAGUUCCGAGCAGUUCAUUGGUUUCAGAUGUUUCUACUUCAGACUUGGCUGCUAACGUGAAUGCUUCUGAGAAUCAACUAUCUAGAAGUCUGUCAGAUGACCCACUGGAAGAACUGUUUUCGUCAGUAGAUAUCGGUGGACAGAACUUAUCAAGAUCUGCUGGUCUUACAUCUGCAAACAAUCUUCCCAGGACCACAAUUGAUAGAUCUAUCUCUGGUGUUGAUUUGAAGCUCAAGUUGCAACUUUACAAAGUUCGAUUUCUGCUUCUAACUAGAAAUGUAAACCUUGCAAAGCGUGAAGUCAAGCAUGCUAUGAAUAUUGCUCGAGGGAGAGAUUCCUCUAUGAUUCUCCUCUUGAAGGCCCAGCUUGAGUAUACUCGUGGAAACCAUAAAAAAGCCAUCAAGUUGUUGAUGGCAUCAAUGUUAUUUUCCAAGGCACUUAGUAAUUGUUCAUCUCUUCUGAAGGAGAAGCCUCUAAACCUGUUAACAUUCUCACAGGAUAAAUCUUUCCAGAUAACAUAUAACUGCGGGUUGCAAUACUUCACCUAUGGCAAACCAAAAAUCAGCUCGCUGUUUCCAGAAGAUUAUGUUGGAAAGGAUGGUUGGGGUUUAGGUGGAGAUCGACAGCCUAUGCUUUCAUUGCCUCUUGCUAGGCAGUGUUUCUAUAAUGCAUUGCACUUGUUGAAAUGUUCUGAUUCGAGUCAUUUAGAUUCUUUUUUACUCUCCAAUUCAUCCUUGAAGGAGAAUGAAUCUUAUGGCGGGGCAUCUUCCAAGAACUCAAACCAUAAUAUCUUACAUGGCAUAGGCUCCAAGGCUUCAACUCUAAGAGGAAAUCAGAUGAUCGAGCAACCUCUUCUAACUAACCUGGCAUAUGUAGAAUUAGAAUUGGAGAAUCCUUUGAAGGCCCUCUCUACGCACGGUCAUGUUUAUGCGGCAGAGGCCCCCUGCUUGCUUAACAAGCCUAGGGAAGCUGCGGAGUAUUUGUCUGUUUAUUUAUCUAGGGGAAAUAACGUUGAAUUACCAUUUGCUCAAGAGGACUGUGAGCAAUGGUGA